AUGCUCAUACCUGGAGACCAGGACAGACGCAGCAGCAGAACAGCAACAGCAGCAGCAGCAGCAGCAGCAACAGCAGCAACAGGCAGCAGCAGCAACAGCAAGCAAACGGCGGCGGUGAGCAGCAGCAGGCAACAGUCAACGAAUCCGCCAUCAGCAAGUAUGAGUUUACAAGCCGACACGUCGUCGCCACCACCCGCGCCGCCGAUUCCGACGACGACGACGACGACGACGACGACGCAGCAAGCGUCGCCGACGGUCGGCGGACGGCAGUCGCUGAGUCCGUCGUCGUCGCCGGAGUCGCCGACGAACAUGGCGGCGGCGACGAGUAAGAACAACCUUGCCUUCUCAAUCGCACGCAUCAUGGAGCCUGCGCCACGUCGCCCGAAACCGACGCGCCCCCUAGUGUCGCUCGGCGCCGUCGUCGACGACUUCAAGCGAAAACUGUCGUCGCCGACGGCGCUGAUGGCGACCGCCUACGGCGCGCCGACCAUCGUCGGCUCGUCGCCAGUGGCGCCGCCGUCGCCGUACAGCAAGACGAGUCCGCUGGGGACGCUUCAGUCGCAGUAUCAGAGUCAGAUCGAGGCUCUGAGCGAACAGCAGCGGCAGCGGGACAUGCUACUUAGCUCGAGUCUGUACGAGGUGACGAUACGUCGCUACAUACAGCAGAGCGGCGGCCUGGCGACGCACCUGCAGGCGGCCGCUGCUGCUCCGGCGCUGAAGAUCCCCGACCUACGGCAGUACGACAUGCUGCGGCAGCUUCCCGCGCUCUACCCACACGGCUUCCCCGCCAACACGCCGAAGAGCAAUAAGAAGGCGGUGCUGAAGCAGAAGACGUUUACUUGUCUCGAGUGCGGCAAGAUCUUCAACGCGCACUACAACCUGACUCGCCACAUGCCCGUGCACACGGGCGCUCGUCCCUUCAUCUGCAAGAUCUGCGGCAAGGGCUUCCGUCAGGCGAGCACGCUCUGUCGCCACAAGAUCAUACAUACGGCGGAGAAGCCGCACAAAUGCAGCACGUGCGGGAAGGCGUUCAACCGCUCGUCGACGCUCAACACGCACGUGCGCAUACACGCCGGCUUCAAGCCGUGGACGUGCGAGUACUGCGGCAAGGGGUUCCACCAGAAGGGCAACUACAAGAACCACAAGCUGACGCACAGCGGCGACAAGCAGUACAAGUGUCACAUCUGCAGCAAGGCGUUCCACCAGGUCUACAACCUGACGUUCCACAUGCACACGCACAACGACAAGAAGCCGUUCAUGUGCAGCCUCUGCGGCAAGGGCUUCUGUCGCAACUUCGACCUGAAGAAGCACGUUCGAAAGCUCCACGACGUCGCCGCCGACGACGCCAGAGCCGCCGCCGGAGGAGGAGGAGGAGGAGGAGCGCAGCCGACGUCGAUGUCGGCCGCCAAUAUGGCGUCGAUGACGGCCGCCAGUAUGGCGUCGGCGCUAUCGCCGAUAUCGCAGAUGGCGCACAUGACGCAGUUUUCGAGCGGGCCGCCGCCGUCGGUGCCGCUACCGAUACCGGCGGCGCUGAUGAGUCAGUUCAUGCUGUCGCCGACGUCGCUGGGACACGCCUUCAUGCCGAAGAUGUCCAUGUUGUGACACACGACGCUAGAUGGCGCCGCGCGCAGCAACAAUCAAACAUUCCCUCUUAGCAAUAUGUGUGUGUGAGUGUGUGAUUAAUUAAUUAAUUAAUAUUAUUAUUAUAAUUGUUAUGAUGAUGAGGAUGAUCACCGGACCAUGUAUAUCCGUUCUGGUGGAUAUCAGACGUGAAUAUUCUGCCACUAUAUGGUUGGACAGAGGCAACAAAGGGGCAACCAUCUAUCUACUCACACCAUGGCCAGACAAAGAAAUGGAGAGAGAAAGCGCGAGAGAGAGGCGAGAGAGAGAGAGAGAGAGAGAGAGAGAGAGAGAAAGAAAGAGAGGAGUGAGAAUGGUGUAUCCUUUACCUUCUCAUUCAUCAUGCGUCAGCAAGGAUGCAAACGCCAUGACAGUGACGUCACAGCACGCAGCGCCAUCUACAUCACCGAUGGCAGACGACUAAACGGACCGUCGAGUUCUUCUAUCGAGUAAAAUCCACGGUCAGAUAUCGCUAUCGUCAUCGUUCACCCUCGCCGCUACCACUAGACGCCAGAGCGUUCGGACAUCGCCAACGUCGCCCGUCGUCGCCGGGGUCAUCGUCAACGUCGACCAUCGCCGGCCUCAUCGUCAACGUCGACCAUCGCCGGCGUCAUC